AUGUUCUUCUCCGGCGUGUUCUGCUUGGCCAGUUUGGCGAGCAGUUUCAGCGCAGUUCAGGGGAGCCCAAUGACGCUCUUCACCGACGCAACGAUCGCACAGGCUUGGACCACGUCUUCGUUGGAGGCACCGAGCGCAUGCGUGUGCCGGAAUCGGUGCUUCGUGGACACGCGGUGCCUGGCGGUGUCCAUCACUCAGGCGGCCUCCGUGUCCAAGUGUCACUUCAGCAGCAACGCCUCGGUGCUCACCAGCCUCCUCAUAACAGCCCCGGCCUUCAUCACCUUCAUGAAGAACAAAGUGUGCAAGCCUGGCUUCGAAGAGGUGGGCGGCUUCUGCUACUUCUUCUCUACCGUGACUGCCAACUUCGAUGAGGCGAAAAGCUCGUGCCCGACGGGCAGCGUGCUCGCCUUCCCGUCCUCUGCUACUCAGAUGAACGAUCUUUUGGACUACAUCAAGAAAUACAAGGCCGGUGUGGACAACUGGUGGGUCGACGCGACACUGCAACUCAGCGACAUGAAGUUCUACUGGCCCGACGGAAUAGAGAUCGUAUCACCUAAAAUCGGAAACAUCCUGAGUGAGCCUUACGCGCGACUGCAGAAGGACAACAACUACUUGCCCAGUGACACUAUUGGUGGCAGCAUCUUCAACUACAUCUGCCAGUAUCGCAAGUGA